UAUGCGGUUGGGACCCAUAUUCAUUUUGCACUUCGUGUCAGUGCAAAAAUUGUCAGCGUCAUGGAAGGACCAACUCUUAACUUGCGGAGAAUUCCGGAUAAGCAGAAUGGAGCCAAACCAAUGGAGCAUUUUCUUAAAAGGGAGACUCCACCUCCAAAGUUUACGGAGAGCUCUAAUCUGGAGUUUGCUCUACUGGCCAGUGAAAAGAUUUCGAACUAUGGUACUCUGGACCUAUUUCAUCGAGCUGUCUAUCCUUUCAUGUUCUUGGCCGAGUGUUUUGCCAUUAUGCCUUUAACAGGACUUAGGAACUCUAAUCCUCGUCAUGUGCGGUUUUCCUACAAAUCCUUACCCAUGAUCGUUAGUGUUUUUUUUAUAAUUGCCACCAGUAUCCUUUUUGUAGGCAUGCUGAAGCACCUGCUCACUAUUGGUAUUAGUGCCAAGAACUUUGUUGGAUUGGUUUUCUUUGGCUGUGUUUUGACCGCCUAUGUGAUUUUUAUUCGUCUGGCCAGGCGAUGGCCUCAACUCAUCAAACUCUGGACCAAAACGGAGUUGGUCUUUACGAAGGCUCCUUAUGAAAUACCAAAGAGGAAUCUAUCGCGCAGGGUGCAGUUGGCUGGCUUGGCUAUUAUUGGUCUGUCAUUAGGUGAACAUGCCAUGUACCAGAUCUCCGCUAUCCUUUCUUACAAGCGACGUAUAGAGUUUUGUAGAAAUAUUACAGAAGUGGCCAGUAUCGAUAAUUACAUAAAGAAGAACUACGACUAUGUUUUCCAGAUUUUGCCCUACAAUCUCGUUAUAGCCUAUCUACUUCUGCUGGUUAAUGGAGCCUUAACUUUUGUUUGGAACUACAUGGAUCUCUUUAUAAUGAUGAUCAGCAAGGGCCUGUCCUAUCGUUUCGAGCAGAUUACAGAGCGCAUCAACAAACUGGAGCAUCAGGAAGUAUCUGAGUCUAUUUUCAUCCAAAUUCGGGAGCAUUAUGUGAAAAUGUGCGAGCUACUGGAGAUGGUGGACAGUGUCAUGUCCAGUCUCAUACUACUAUCCUGUGUGAACAACCUAUACUUUGUCUGCUACCAGCUGCUUAAUGUUUUUAAUAAACUUCGCUGGCCCAUCAACUACAUAUACUUCUGGUACUCUCUUCUGUAUUUAAUUGGACGAACUGCCUUUGUCUUUCUCACGGCUGCGGAUAUUAAUGAGGAGUCCAAGCGCGGUCUUGGAGUGUUGAGGCGAGUCUCCAGUAGGAGUUGGUGUGUCGAGGUGGAGCGCCUCAUAUUCCAGAUGACCACUCAGACGGUUGCCCUUUCCGGCAAAAAGUUCUACUUUCUCACCCGCCGGCUGCUCUUUGGAAUGGCCGGCACUAUUGUCACCUACGAGCUGGUGCUCCUCCAGUUUGAUGAGGCCAAUCGACGCCGGGGACUGGCCCCCUUGUGCGCCUGAUGGACUCGUACCGUAGCGCCACUCAUCCCACUCCCUGGCCAUUUGUCAUGUCAGCUGGCAGUGACAGGCGGUGCAAUUAGUUGUGAAUGCAUAGUUGGUAAAUCGCUGAGUACGUCCACGCCCCCAUGGUUUCAUCGGGGGCUUUUCGCACGCCAGAUUGCCGCAACAAGGGCCAGUGCUUGUUCGGCCAUGCCGCAGGGCGAGACUUUUCAUCGGGCUGUCUCGAAAGGUGGGACAUUAAAAAAAUAGUUUAAACAUAAAACAUACUGUAAAGGAUUAAAAUAUAUAUUUCAUAUAGUU